GGUUUUGUACUAAAAUGUUGCCUUACUAUUAAAAUCUUAAAACCCUAAUUUCAUUCUCUCUUUUCAUUCUCUGAUACCAACUUGUAGUUCGAGUUUUCCACCUUAUUCGAUUAAUAAUGGAGGUUGAAACUACAGUUCAAGAUGAUUCCAGAAUGGCAGAUGUUGCAUCUAGGUUACCGGAUAAACCGACUUUUGCGCCUUUGAAGGCGCACGAGAUGUCUGAUGGUCGAGUUCAAGUUAGAAAGGUGUCGGUUCCUCCGCAUAGGUAUUCGCCUCUAAAGAAAAUAUGGCUGGAAAUCUAUACUCCUGUUUUCGAGCAGAUGAAGAUUGAUAUUCGCAUGAAUCUUAAAGCUCGAAAAGUUGAGUUCAAAACUCGACAUGAUACUCCGGAUAUCAGUAACCUUCAGAAAAGUGCGGAUUUUGUGCACGCGUUUAUGUUAGGGUUUGAUGUUGUUGAUGCUAUUGCUCUCUUGCGUAUGGACGAGCUUUACGUUGAAUCCUUUGAAAUUAAGGAUGUUAAAACCCUUAGAGGCGAGCAUUUGUCGCGUGCCAUUGGAAGAUUGUCGGGUAAAGGUGGGAAAACGAAGUUUGCUAUCGAGAAUGCUACGAAAACAAGGAUUGUGAUUGCUGACUCCAAAAUUCACAUAUUGGGAUCUUUUCAAAAUAUCAAAGUUGCAAGGGAUUCUCUUUGCAGUCUCAUUAUGGGAUCCCCUGCUGGAAAGGUAUACUCGAAGCUUAGACAAGUUUCAUCUAGAUUGGCAGAGAGGUUUUAAUUCUUAUCUAUUUAUGCGAUUUUGAUAUGCUAGCUCUUGCUCCGAUUGGAUGGUUAUGAUUGUAACAUGAGUUUUUUUGUAUGAGAGGCCUAUUGUCGAAUUGCCAAAAAUGAUACACUAUGAAAGAUCUAUCAAUAUAUCAUUUGAUUAUUUAUUUGCAA